AUUAUUAUCACUGACGUGGUCUAAGGCUGUUAUUGUUGCCAGGAAGUAACGUGUAAGGCUUAUGGGCAGGCUGGCUUAUGGGAAAAGCGAUAUUAGCUGUUCAAUAGUUACUCCACAAGCAAAAAUUCCGGAUCAGCCCAACCGGCCUUAGUAUUCCAUUUGCAACCUCAGACACUGACUAUAUUUAAGGCUGGUCUGCGAAUGACAAACGCAAUCGAACCCACUCGGCUGCGAAGGGGCUUUAUAUCUACGGUUGCCGUUUUUCAAAUUGUAACCUUUUGAUCCCAGAGAUUGUUAGAGAGAGGUACAGGACGGUACAGGUCCUCGCUGUAAUUUUACAUACAAACAAAACAGUCAGUCAAAGUAAUCCGGUCAGUCAAGGGUGCAACAACUAUCUCUGGACAAAUUCAAAUAGUAUGGAAAUUCGAAUGAAAUCUCUUCAAGGGUUCUUGGUCUUGUAUUUGCUUUUUUGUUACUUUUUUUAUUUUAUUUAACUUUAUAAAAUACAUUUUUUAUUAUUUUUCUUGACACUGACACUUUGGCAUGAAGAGACUGAAAACUCCUCUUCGAAGCACUAUGAGUGAGGAGAAGCUGUCCUCUUUGGCAGUACUCCACAUACACAAGUACAAGAAUGUGGAUAUUGACAAAGUUAGUUUCCAAAUUUUCCCGUCGUAAAGGGAGACGUCUCGCCCUUUUCGUGUAGCUAUAAUACACUAGGAAAAACUGUUUGAAUGCAGAGGUCCACGCAACAUUAAUACAACUGACUGGUUCCUCUUGCUGGAUAUCUAAGUAUUUCUCUCGGUAUUGCUUUGGCCCUGAGGAAGGCUAAAUUUGUCAGCCGAAAUAUUGGCCAAUAUAACAAAUCAGCCCUUUGCCGUAGUGCCAGCCCUGCAUUCAGUUUUGUUUCAUAAUACACUAAUAUACACUUACGUCAGUGGUAGCAGAGGUUGGCAAAUAAACAACAAAGUUACUCAAUAGUUAGCGUUUUUUCAUGCUUUGAUUUGUGAAACUUUCCCCCUUGGAAAUAUAUAUAUAUUUUUUUUCGCUGGCUGUAAAAGUAAGCAGCAUUCUCAGUAAAGCAACUAACUUAUAUUGCCGAGUAUUAGCUGGUUGUUUUGUUCUGGGGGAAGGCGGAGUGAUAUUGGACGGAAACAUCAAGGGAAAGUCCCGUAAAAUUCCGAAAAUAAGCCCGGGGGCUUAUAUUUUUCAAAGGCCCCUUUUGAGAGGCUUACUUUUGGAGGGGCUUAUGUUCGGAGGGGCUUAUCUACUGAGGGAAAUUUUCGUUUACAAAUCGAUUCGGCUAGCCUCAUAGUUCGAAGUAAAUUUACCGUUUUUUCUUUGUUUUACUUUGUAUUUGAGGGCAAUUUUCCAGGUACAAGCCCCUAAGGGGCUUAUAUUUGGAGGGGCGAUUUAACGAAGGGUUUUUUGCGUCACCGGUUUGGGGGGCUUAUAUUUGGAGCCUGCUUAUACAUGGAGGGGCUCAUUUUCGGAAUUUUACGGUAUCUAUUUUCACGCUAAAAUGUUGAGUUCUAUUGCUAUUGUUAGAUCUCUGGCUCUUCCCAAUUCCUCGUUCCUUUACUCUAAUGCUAGCCUCCCACGCAGUUAUUAAGACCUAUUAAGGCUUUGUCAUGCGUUCCUCUGAUCCCCCAGUAGGGUGUGCUGAAACGAGCGGUUAAAUUCCCUCUCCUUUGUUCUUAAAGAUCAGCUGAUGGGGGAGACUGUGACGAGCCACAGAAGGAAUGUCUACGUGGUAGGAGGCUAUUUUUGGCCUUUCCCCUCCGUUUUCAGCGCCUUAACGUUUGACAGGGUUUGGACAAGCAAUCUCUUGCCUGCCUUCCACAUCACAUACUUUACAUGAAAAGCCUGCUGGAAGCCAGUUCACAGACCAAACAACGCAUACCAAUUUUUAUAGCUGUGACUGUUGCUACCUUUAUUCCAAACUGAAAGAGAAAGAAAAACCUUGCUCGAAUAUUUUGUCGAUUUUUUUUUUUUCAGUUUCUCUUUUAUUGUCUAAACUUUACAACAGUUUGCAACUUUUAAUGUGAUCGAAAAGCGCCGGGCGCCCUUUUGAAUUUCAACCUAGAACUGAUUUGUCUCAAAACUUCAAUCGCAAAAAUUGCAAUUAUUAUCACUGACGUGGUCUAAGGCUGUUAUUGUUUCCAGGAAGUAACGUGUAAGGCUUAUGGGCAGGCUGGCUUAUGGGAAAAGCAAUAUUAGCUGUUCAAUAGUUACUCCACAAGCAAAAAUUCCGGAUCAACCCAACCGGCUUUAUUCCAUUUGCACUAUAUUUAUAUUUAAGGCUGGUCUGCGAAUGGCAAACGCAAUCAGACCUACUGUUAAGGGACUUUAUAUGGUUGCAGUUUUGCAAAAUUGUAACCUUUUGAUCCCAAAGAUUGUCGGAGAUAGGUACAGGACGGUACAGGUCCUCGCUGUAAUUUUACGUACAAAAAAAUAAUCUGUCAAAAUUAAUAAUCCGGUCAGUCAAAGGUGCGACUAUCUAGUAUGGCAAUUCGAAUGAAAUCUCUUCAAGGGUUCUUGGUUUCGUAUUUGCUUUUCUGUUACUUUUAUUGUUUUAUGUAACUUUAUAAGAUGCAAUUUUUAUUAUUUUUCUUGACACUGACACUUUGGGCCUACUUUUAGUGAACUCGGGAGCAUUAACUAGUACCACACAGCCAAAGAACCUUUUCGGUGGAUGAUCGGCGUUUCUUGAACUGUAAGCAAGAAUUUAUAUUGUCGUCUCAAACUUUGCUAAUUUCGGAGACGUAUUAUAAAAGGGUCGUCUUGGGGAUGCCGGAACAUAAAGCAUCAGCGGUGAAAGAACCAAAAUGGGCACACUGAUCAUAAUUUCUUUUUUUAACGCGGUUCUAAAAUUUCACAAACAAAUGUUAUAUAUGAGCACUUUUCCCAUUUCCCUGUCAGCGCCCUUCAAUUUUGAUGAUGCUGACUCGGUUCAAUAUCGAUAAUUACGGUCGCCCGCCCGAAAAUUCAAAGAGGCUCCCUAUGGCCGCAGGUAGAACACCCUGAUAUUUGCAACACCAGUCAACGCAAGGGCAAGAAGUAGAAAUUUUACAUCUCCAAGAAAGAUUCAUUCCCGGUAAAGACUCUAUGCAGCGUAUUUCUUGGCUGUAAUUGUUUUAAGGGCAAGUUACUUGGAUCGGGAUUGGGCAAAUUUUGAACUGUUCUCAGCAGUUCUACGGUUACAUGAAUCACGAGGGUUAAGCGUGCACAGUUAGCAAAAUUUGUUUAUCUAUUCUCAGUGACUUAUUCAUUGCAAGAAAUUGCACUUUCCUGAUGAAAUUAUAUUUUCGUACAAUUUUUCUUCGAAACCCCCUUCAGUUUUCUUCUUUAUAACAUCGUCAAGUGUCCAAUAGUUUUUUUGUUUGCUUUUUGUUUCACCACCGUUUUGGAAGAAUUGCAUGCAAAGCAAGCCGAGACGUGAUCGACCUUUGGUUGGUGGUUUCCCCCAAAAAAAUACCCUGUGCGUGAUGCUCAUUCGCGAAUUUGCACUUAAACUUUUUAUCAGGAAAAAUACCAAUAUCUCCUAAAAAGUCAAUAAAGGAGAGAAAUACGUAGUCAUCAUUAUAAUGAAAAAAUAAACAGAGUACGCAACCAACGCAAUUAGAACCUUCUCCAAGCGUCAGCAGCACUUGCGAAAUGCGAAAGCCACUUUCGGGGAAUCCCCUAAUAAAUAAUCCAUUGUUGAUUAAGGAGUGCUUUGCAUUGUUGUCAUACCUGCACGACCAGAAAGCACUGGGUUACCCCCCUCCGGAAAUGUUUUUUCCCCUAGGUGUGCCACUGCUGAUUGGUUGAUUUGUUUCAAAAACGAAUUUUCAUUGGACAAUUUUAUCACGUGAACAGAGAAAGGGACAUUCCCUUUCCAUAGGAGAGACGGUAUAUACAAGAGUAUCCGCCAUUGCUCGCCCUUCGAACUGCAAAGGAAGUUUUGAUACCAUCUUGUGUUGAAUUUGGUUUUCUUAGUGAAAUUUUACUAGACGUUUUCAGUUACCUUUCGCAGAAAGGAAAAAAAAUGUCUUUCGAAGCAAUGGAUUCAGCAUCAAAGCAACAACGAAAGCUUAUUCCCCGAGGAGCGCAACCGAGCGCCAUUACGCGACAAAAACUGGCGUCUCUGACUCGAAACGAAGGAAAAUUAGCAGUGACGGCCUCCGAACAGUGCGAUUCUGGGUUUGUUGACGACGAAGAGUUGCGGUCUCGAAGCAUGGAAAUAUGCAGUGAGACACAAAUGCGUAGCGUUGAAGAAUGUACGCAAAAUUUAACCAUCGACGAUCCCGAAACGAACUCAAGACAUCCUUCGUCGUCAUAUCCAACGAAGGAAGGGUUUUCGCAAAGUGAAGAACUCUAUCUUAAUUACGCUCAGCGUAACGAUGUGAGAUAUUUACUAGCCCAGGAACAUUUUAGGCGUUUGAUGUUUGUGCCAGACGAGGAUGGAGAUACGUAAGUAGGAUUGUUUCUUCGUAAACUUCCUACGUGCAAAACAAAAUGUUUCCCUCGCGACAUUGUUAGUCGACCGCUUUGACCUUCAGCUUGGUAGCGAAAAGAAUUAUGGUUCUUGUUAAGUUCUGGUUGUCUGAUGUUUUUUCUUCAACAUAAGUUUCCCAUUUUCCUUUAGAUUUGAAACUGAGGGAAACAGUUUGGUUUAUGUCUAGUACGAAGAAUACGAAAAGAAAAAUUAUCAGCUUACAAUGGCGCACUGGUGCUCGGUGACCAUCGUGUUGGUCACGCGAAAUAAGCCGGAUCAUUUUUGUGUUAUGCUAAAAAUGUGUGUAAAAAUAUGCUGUCUUCUUCUGUCAUUUUCUUGCCCCUUUUUACAUAUACUUUGCUGUUAAAUGUUUUUUUUUCCUUAUAAAUAAUGGCUCAAACAGUUAACCGCCAGUGCACGAAAUCCCCGAGAAACGAGACUAUUUCCCAGAAAAUAUGGAUGCCAUUAUUCAUAAUAGUAUUCAUCAUUAAUAACCUAUACUUGUUUUUCUUUUAGAGCUCUACAUUUAGCGAUUAUUAACAUGAGGCCGAUGGAAACGGACGCUAUCAUCUCAGUUGCACCGUGUAAGGAAUGCCUCGACAUUUACAACGAUCUUAGACAGGUACGCAAACAGAAACAAACUACAAUUCAAAUCUUGAGAUAUUCUGAACUCCUCGUUCCGAAAUAAGUGCGCGGCCAUCGCAAGAAGACAGUCUAAAACCACCUUAGCUUCUUCAAUGUUUCGCUUUAUAUGCACUUUUGCUUAUUGUUUGAGUGAUUAAAGACAAAUGAGAAAUUCUUUUGGUAUUUUAGGCACCCCUUCAUCUGGCGGCCAUAACUCGACAACCCGCCGCCCUUCGACGAUUACUAGAAGCCGGAGCUACUGUGGACAUCACCGACCGUCAUGGCCGAACAGCUUUGCAUCUAGCGUGCGAGUUAGGUGAUUUUGACUGCGUUAAAGAAAUCGUAAGGCCUUUACUAGAGAAAAGGUGGACUGAUGAAAUAAAAGAAAGAGUUUACAACAUGUUACAAGAGAGAGAUUUCGAUGGUAAGGGAAAUUGAAGGUUGCAGAAAUUUCGAAUAUUCAACCCCCGCAGAUUAAUAUUUCGUAUCCACGUAAGUUGUUUCGAUUUGAUGACUUCAAAAAUCAGGGGUUUUCCCUUUGGGCUAUUGGAUAUGAAAAGGAAAACGAGAAAAAAUGUGCUUUGGAAGCAUAUUCGUUUGCAGUUUCCGGGCAGAACAAUAGUUGCAGUGGGGUUUCCCCCCAAGGUAUUGAAGGGAAACGAAAAUUAAUCGCUAGUGUAGUUUCGUUUUGUCAAGUAUUUCCCUCAGCGUUUGAUUGCAAAUUUUCGCAUUCUUAAGCUAAAGGAACCUUGGAGAUACUUUUGGCUUGACAAGCAAAUUCUUUUUUUGAAUAAGAGUCCAUUUUUUAAACUCUUAUCCAUUGGGUGUGUCUAUACUCAGUUUAGAGUUGAUCGACUUAUAAAAAUAUUUCUGUUUGAUUAAAUAAAUCAAGUUGAUAAAGUGAAUUGGAUGUCGUAAGGGGUUUAAAAUUUGCUAUUUUGCCUACUAACCCCUUGAAGUUUAGAUUAAACUGGGCUUCCUCAGAUAAAGUGUUUCCAAGAAUUGCAGUUGAUUCGCCCAAUGACAUUCAACAAUGUACAGCGCAGUGAACAUAAUCUGAUCAGUAGGUGAUAAAACAACAUUUCCCUAUUUCAUCUUCCCAGGUUUUACAGCUUUACACAGAGCAGUGUUUAAAAAUAGUGUUCAGAUUGUCAAUUAUUUGGUAUCUCUUGGAGCAAACGUCAACGCACAGGUAAAUAACAACUAAAGGUGUUGUACUUUUCAUGAACUAACUAAUAUGGUUACUGGACUCCUUCUCAAGUACAAUGAUGCACUUACUUGUAAAAACAAAACUGUUAUAAAACAGUGGCCUUUUUUGCUGUGGUUUAAAAGAUUUCUAAUUUAUUUUUAUAGCAAAAAAUAACUAUUUCUGCAGGUUAUUUUCCAAAAAAGCACAGAAGUUUGGGUAAAGUGGUAUUACAUGAAAGUAGACAACGGAAAGUUAAAUUUUAUGAUCCUGAUCUGGGCUGUGUCCUUGUAGAGCCAGAUGACCCUUGGUGACUUACUUACUUCUACUGAGCAACAAGGAAAUUAGUAGAAUUAGGUGCUGGGCAGUUAGGGAUUCAUGAUUUACACAAUUUGUGCUCCUUACAAUAAUUAUUGUACUUGGCUUAGAGGAAUAAAACGAAAAAUGAAUUAAUCAUUCCCAAAUCUUAAUGCCAUUUCUUUUGUUUAAUACCCCUCUGCCUCUGAUCCAUGUAUGAAUUUUAUGAUUCGAAACAAGUCUAUUAAUUUUCCUUAACCGUGGAAAGUACCUAGUACUAUGUAUAGAACACGCGAUCACAUUAAAUAUAUUUUAACUUUUUUUUUCAGGAUGCUAAAAGCGGGCGUUCUGGCCUUCAUCAUGCAGUUGAGGCGGGAAACCUGUCUAUGAUAAACUGCCUUCUACUCGAGUGCCAUGCUGAUCCAGAUGCAAUGACAUUUGAUGAAAUCACUCCUCUACACAUUGCUGCUGGAAGAGGCAUGGAAUCAGUGGUUGCUCUUCUAUUAGCUGCCGGAGCUGAUCCAGUACUCACCAACUUUGAGGGUGAAUCACCAGCGGAUGUUGCUGUCACACCUCAGGUGAUUACUAAAGAAGUCCUUAAUUUUGCAAGACAAUUCCAGGUUUCUGUCAGGUGAAGAAUGUUCUACUCUGUAAUGUGAAAUGUUCUUGUCAAGAAAGUUCUUCAAAUGAUUUUGGGAAAUCACCACUGAUUUAAUAAAAGAGAUAAAAAAGACACUAACGAAGCAGGCUUAAAUUUAAAGAAGAUCAUUGCAGUUAAAGACGUAACUUAUGCAACUGUGAAAAGAAAGACUGACAAAAUUCAGGCCUGCUGGGAUUUCAACCCUGACUUCUGCGAUACGGUUGCAUCACUCUAACCAAAUGAACUAGCAAGCCAUCUGGGAGCAGGUCAUUAAAUUCAGUUUUGACCAGGAGAAAUAAGCAACAUCUACAAAGUCCUCUGUCAUUCACAUUUCGAAAGAAAAAUAACCCAUUGUCAAGUUUCUACAAGAAAAAAAGGGCUCUGUUGAGUAUAUUUGAGUUUAUUCCAGGCACAAUUUCCAAUAAACUUUCUUAUUGUUUUCCCUUGCAGAUCCGUGAGAUGGUGACUUUUGACUCUUAACUGGAGCAAAAUUAAGCAGCAUCAGGAAUUUGCAUUAAAAGUAUAUUAGAUCUAAAAGCCAUAUGCUGAUACAUUACAAAAAUUUUAUGUUUUGGGAAAACACAAAGUCAGAAUGUUUCAUUGGGAAAGGUUAAGGCAAAGGGGUAAAGAAUGUGCUAAAGCAAACAGCUUUUUAUUAAAGGUAAACAUCUUACACUCUAUGUUAUUCCUCUGAAUAAGACUGGCCAAAACGUUUAUGUUAAUCGCAGUGUUAUCUCAAUUUUUAGGUCUUUUCUUCCUUGUUUCUUUCCUUUUUUUUUUUUUUCGCAAACCAGUAGUAUCCAGAAUUUGAAUUAGCAUGACUUGCUUUGAACAUGUAAGGCCAAAGCAUUAUGAAAAAUCUGUAGAUCCGCCAAGCAGAACCAAUGGUUAAAACAUGGAAUCAAAGCUAAAACAAAGUUUUAAUUUUUUGGUCGAACAAUACGCUUUUGCUCAUCAGAAGCAUGUUUGUCUAAUUAAAGUGUGAUAAAUUUUUUUGACGCAGAUGAUUGUAUAUACUCUAAUGAGACUUUUUUUGGUGUAUAGGUAAUUUUGAAAUCAACUUUACUUUUGAGAUACAUUGCUUUUUCUUCUCUAGCUUUGAAAUCCUUGCAUUAUGGUAGUUAAGAUGUUAUAAAUUUAACGAGAUUUGAAACGUUUUAACUGUCACAUAAAAUUUAUUUUCCGUGAAAUACAAUUGAAAUUGUAUUUCAGAUUAUUACAUUGGGUCACUAAUAACAGUUCUCUCUUUCUGUAGUUAACAUUACGUGGUGUUUUAAUAAAGAGAAAUUUAUUCAAGAUUGUUUUUAAGUAUUGUUAAGUUUAUUCCUAUGCAUUAAAUAUCAAUGUAUUUUAUACUCUAGAAAGACUAUUUUUCUUUCAAGAGGAUCAUUACCAAGAACUUUUUAAUUUUUGACCAAAAUCAUGGGCUAAUCCCUUUGGAAAAAUUCCAAUUUGGCAGCUAUUUUAAAGGAAGUGUUUUUUAUACGCUAGAAAGCCUUCCUUGCUAUCUAUUCAUACUUCCCUUAAAAACAAACUACCAAAAAUUUCGAGUUUUUGACCUAAUAUUUGAAUUUGGCGAUGUUUCGACAGCUCAAACAUUUUCAGUUUAAAAAACUGUAAAUACAAAGUGUAGUUUUUAGUAACUACAUGAAUACUUAUGAGGGAGAAAACUUCAUCAACAAAAUAAAGGAACGUGACAGUGUAUGACUGAAUAAGAGAUUAAAUAAAAUAAUAAAUAAAUAAAUACCUUAUUCCUGGUCGAAUUGGAAUUUGGAAGUGUAAUGCACACGUGGAAAAAUGUCGGGUCGUUCCUUCGAUUAAGUAGGCGUUAAACCACGCCCAUAAAGAUUGUAGGUUUCUUCACGCCCAACAUUUAUAGUGCCAAUCUUGAAGGACGCAAAGACCAAUUUCACAUUGAACAUUUUAGUUGUCUAAACUAAUAAAAUAUCAUUUCUUCUUCUAUUUAGUCAAAAGGAAAAACAAUCAAAAACAAACUUUCAAAUUUAAACCCGAAAACAUGGCCAACCCCAACAUCACACUCUUAUAACAUGUUAUAAAUGACCUUCUCGGCGGUUUUAGAAGAUUAAACCAGCAUCAAAUGUUAAGGCAAAAAAGGAUACAAUCAAACUCAAAUUGUGAGCCAAAAUCAUAGUUAAACCCCUUUGAAAAUCCAAAAUGGCCACCCUCAACAUCAAACUUUUAUAAACCCACUCUUUAGCGUUCUUUAGCAGACUUAACCAAUGUCAAACAUCUCUUCUUAUUCUAUUUACAAAAAAAUGACCAAAAUCAUGGGUUAACCCCUUUGCAAAAAUCCAAUAUGGCCACUCCCCACCAUCGAACUCUUAAAAAUGCUCUUUUCGGCCUUUUUUGCAGUCUAAAGGCAUCGUCAAACAACUUUUGUUUUUCUUUUUAGUCGAAAAAACAAUCAAAAAUAAACUUUCAAGUUUUUACCCAAAAUCAUAAGUCAAGUUAACCCGUUUGGAAAAAUCCGAAAUGUCCAACCCUAAGGGCGGGGGUACUUGGGUUAAGUUUUGCUGACGGUAUGUGCCGCUGGCCUCUCAGAGCCCUUAGCCCAUUAUGGUCUAUUCUGUAGCGAAAUAUAGACCCCAUCUCAGUCACUUUGGGGCAAAUUUGAAAUUUUCGCGAUCGCUUUCUAUUCAUGUAUCUACCUUAUCAAUCCUUUAAAUAGCUAGGUCAUAGUAAAAUGAAUGGACACAUUUUUUAAAUUGAGUGAAGAACACUUUACUUCUUACCCACAGCACAAACAUUCUGGUAUAUUUGCUAACAGUAACAAUGAAAAACUGUCUUACCCCCAAAAUUAAAAAAUGUGCGACCCUAUUCUGGUAACUCUAUUGAAAAUGCGACCUUAUCAUAGUCAAUCCAAUAGCUAAAAGCAGCACAUCCCCAUUUAAUAGCCUCUUACAAAGAAGUAUCCCCCAGUCCAUCAUCUCUUCUAAAUAUUAUUUUCGCAGUUUUUAGCAGUCUAAACCAUCGUCAAACGUCUUUUCUUUUUCUAUUUAGAAAAAAAAAACAAACAAACAAACACAAACUUUCAAAUUUUGACCUAGCCUGAGAUCAUGCCCUCUCCCUAUUAUCCCUUUAUGUCUCUCAGGCAAAAUCAUGGUUCAAACACUAAGCAAAAAUUCAAUAUGGCCACUCCCACCAUCAAACUCUUGAAAUUGCUCUUUUUGGCCUUAUUAUCAGUCUUAGACAUUGUCAAACGUUUUUUCUUAUUCUAUUAAGAAAAAAAAAACAAUCAAAAACAAACUUUCCAAUUUUGACCCAAAAUCGUGAGUUAACUCCUUUACAAAAAUGCAAUAUGGUAACCCCCACCAUCGAACUCUUAAAAAUGCUCUUUUUGACCCUUUUAGCAGUAUAUAUAAACCAUCGUCAAAAGUCUUUUCUUAUUCUAUUUAGACAAACAACAUUCAAAAUUUUCGGAUCACCUAAAACCCAUGAUCACCCAGGAUUUUCGAACUCAAAAAAAAUGCUCUUUUGGCCUUUUUAGCAGAUUUUGAGGAUAAAACGAGGAAUGGCAUGUGACUUUUUCUGGGGCGGAUCCAGGGAAGGUUGUAGAUUUUGAUCCCUAUGGGAUUGCGGAUCACUAUACUUUUUAAUUAACACUGUGCAGUCAGAUGAAAGACAUACAAAAUCUGCUCUAUCGUUUGAUAUGUAUUCGUUCAACAGUUCACAUUAUUUUGAACUAUUUCUCGUUAGUCUGAGUAUAUAAAACCAUCGUCAAAAGUCUUUUCGUAUUCUUUAGACAAAAAAUUUUUUGACCCAAACCCGUCAUCAGUCGAACUCUUAAAAGUGCUCUUUUGGCCCUAUUAAGAAAAAUCCUGGAUCAAGGAAUGGCAUGACACGGCUUGCGGAAUGACAUAAUUAUGCGGAAUGUAAAAAAUGGAAAAUGGCGCAAAGAAAUAAAGUUACUAGAGAGUGCCUCCUAGGAAUUUCGCCAAAUGGGAAAGACAUUUCACUGUCUAUCAUAACAUCAAGAAUUUUGUCUAGUGCACGCGAAUCAAUGACAUCAUUCGUAAGAAAUCGAUCAAGAAGAACUCUAAAAUUGACUUGUUGUUCGUAAUGCUGUUUACAUGUAAAAUUUCAGCAAUGCAAUAAACCUGCGCAGUACCAAUGCAUGUACAAUACAGGAUACCUUUUGUAAAAAAGGCCAUUGUGAACUGUACCUUAGAAUAUGUUUUAAUUUACUUCCGCAUACGUGCCCAGGUAGCCUAUAUUUUAAUUUAAUAUGCCCUUGGCUAAGUGAACAACUGAAUCAGAUGCUUUCAUAUUUUUUUAGUUUAGUGUUACUUCAAGGAGAAAAAUAUUCUUGCACAACAUCUUGACCAAAAAUAUAUAUAUUCAUUCAAGGGAAAGAUUAAAGAAAAAAAAUCAUGCUGCUCGAACAUUCCCCGCUCUCCCACCCCCCAUAACUUUUCUAAUAGUCCGUCCCUUAACGAAAAAAAAUUCUCAAAACUUUGCGUUACUCCAGAUUGGGCCCACAAAUUUUGCCCAAUUAUGUGGCUAGUUCCAGUCCCCGGUCGGUUAUUAGCGUAACGCAACGACUUUUUUCUCGUUUAGUUAACGAGAAACGAGCUUGUGUUCUUGUGUUCCACACGUGAUCAAAGUAGCGUAAAAAUGGCGGGAAUCGGCGGGAAGUCUUGUCCCCAGAAAUUCCCAGAGUCCGCGUUACAAAUAAAGCCAAGCAGGACAAGAAAAUUAAUUAGUCAGAAGACAAGAAAGUCGACGUUUGAGCAGUUAGCUUUUUUACGUGAAAUUCAAUCCGUUGAGACCCCGCUUAAGUUGUAGACCGAUCUGUAAAAAGUGGAACCUUUAUGUCUGACCGCUAAUAUUGUUAAACUGGCAAAAAGGACCACCUAUUCAAAACACCAAAAUUUUUCCCAGUCAUAGGAAGCCCUUGAACCUCUCACCUUUAGUGAUAUGUGUGGCCUGGACAUUUCAUUAUAUCAUACACACCGUUACUCGUUACAUCUUUCCUUGUUGCUCGCUGGCUCAAAUUUUCUGAUGCAAGACAGAAAUUUGGUGCCAAAAGUACUCGGAAAAGCCGGUAGUGUAUGUUGCUUUCAUUUUUAACCAGAAGAGGAAAGAUCGGAGUAUUUCCCAAAGGCGUAAGGACUAUAUUUUUAAGCAUGGCGGCCUCAACUGACGAAAGUAACAAGGAGAAUGUUGCCGAUGGAGAAGUGGAGCAAAUUGUAACAAUGGAAAAAGUUGUAGCUGCGGAUAACAAGGGAAUUGAUUAUGACAAACUUAUCAGUAAGUUUUCUUGGUUUGUUGUCAUUUAGAUAGAGGUAGAAGCGCUAGAAAAAUGCUCCGAUCGAUUUGUAAAGAGUACCAACUAGGACUUCAGCAAUAAAUAUAUAAGGUUGAAACUAUUGUUAAAUAGUACUACAUGUCUACAUCACCGACCAAUGACAGUAAAUAGACUGAAUUAAAUCAAGGUUGCAGUUCUCAACUUCCGGGUUGUCUUCCAUAUAUCGGUAUCAAAAUUAUUUUAUAAUUAACAAAGCAUAGAUAUAAUGUUGGGCAUAUGUCGGUGUAUGACAAUGGAUCAAGAAUGAAAAUAACAUGAAGAACAAAUUAUGUAAUUAAUGGAUUCAGCUAUAUGAAAUUCUACCUAAUUUCCUGAUAGCCUCAUUCUUCUCUUAUUCAUGCAGCAAUUGCAUACUGUUUCACACAAACAGUCAAAUAGAGUCAAAACGGUAAAUGUAUGGGGUGUGUGGAAAUCUUACCUGGCCAAAACCCCCAGCGGGCAUUCCCACUUCUUGGUAGUAAUCAUGAAUUUUUUUUGUCCUUAGGUUCAGUUAAAAAAAAAUGAAUGUAUUGUGCUAGUUAGUAGGCAGAUUUAGCAAAGGUAACAUGACAACAAGGAUGGCUGUGUGUAUAAACUGAUGUGACCCAACUGACAGAGUGGCAAAAUAAGUACUUUAAAUUUACAUUCAGUCCUUCCCUCUUGUGUUCUUAUGUGAUGACAACUUGUCUUUGCUAAACUGUCUAAUUUCUCCAAGGCAAAAUGUCAAACAGAAAAUUGCAUAUUUUAAUUAACAGGACAGUUUGGUUGUUCAAAGUUGGAACAGAAGCAUAAAGAAAGGAUUCAGCAGCUAACAGGGAAACCUCCACACCACUUGCUUAGAAGGGGUGUGUUCUUUUCUCACAGGUGAUUCUUUUUCUUUGUCCACAGAAGCUUUGCUGGUGAUGGCAUUUAACUGUAACAAAAGCGGCUUGAAUUAUUUUUCUGUAAUCGGGACCCCCUGAAUAAAAAAUAUAUAUAAGAUAUAAGAUUUCUUGCCAUUGUAAAUAUUCACUUUCUUUUAGCAUUUAAGAAGUGUAGGCUUAUUGACUGUCCCUAAUUAGUCCCAUGCACUCAGGCUAAAAUACUUCCUCACAUUUAGUGUUCUAUUAUAUUCUAAUCUACUUAUAUUCUAUUCCAGUCCAGUCCAGUCCAGUCCAUUCCAUUCCAUCCCAUCCCAUCCCAUUCUAUUCUAUUCUAUUCUAGCAUAAGUUUCUUGUUGAGAUAAUUGUGUUGUUUUUUUAUUUAGGGAUCUUGAUUUUGUGUUGGAUAUGUACUCUAAAGGAAAACCAUUUUACCUGUACACUGGAAGAGGUCCUUCAUCAGAAGCCAUGCACUUAGGACAUCUAAUUCCAUUUAUAUUCACCAAGUAAGCUGUUACCACCAUAACAAAAUCACCCCAGUCAUGACUAAUUAUUCUUAUUACAGUUGAACCUCUCUACAAUGGCCACCUUGGGGACAGAAGAAAGUGGCCAUUGUAGAGAGGUUGAAACAAGAGUCAAUGUAUGGACUGUCCGCCAAAAAAUGGCUGUUGUAGAGAGGUGGCCAUCAGUGGAGGUUCGACUGUGUAUUCAUGUUUGUUUUGCAAAAUCCUUAAUUUUGUAUUUUUUUAACAUCGCAAAGAUUAGGCUGCAGACAUGGUAUACCAGGUGAAAUGGAAUAAGGCCCUUUGAAGUAAAUCAUGAUCAAAUAUCAAAUUCUCCCUUUGGUUCACAAGCAUAAACAAGGCAAUUGAAAAGGAGAAACCAGCAGUUCAUCUGCCUGAGUCAUGUGGGGUAUUUUCUCAGGAACCCCUUCAAUGCAAUGUAAUAUUGGCAGUCUUUCCAACCAUCUUAGUGUUUAAAAUUGUACAAAAGUAUGUGCCUUUAUUACACAGUGUACAAAGACAAUCCUGGCGCUGGCGUUUUUUUGGCACCCUUUCGUAUGGACUAAGGAUCCAGUUUCACAAAUUUAGAUAUAUGCUGACAUACUUCAGCCUUUUAUUCAGUUUUGAAUUUACCCUACCAACAGUAAGUGAGUUUAAAAGAAGGACACAAUAAUUUCAUGUAGUGCAGCGAGAAGACCCUAGAAAACUUCAGGCUGUUAAAUAAUUUAUCCUGACCUUGGUCGUGCAUUUAAACUUGUUUCCAAAUCAAGUGUUGCGACUGUAACUUAAGGCUUGCAAGGUUCAGAGGUUUAUUAUAUUUAAUAUUUACUAUAUAGGAAAAAAAGUGAAAAAAAUUGAGGAGCAUUCUUUGAAAACUGGGAAACAGUGAACUAACUGUUCUAACUGAACUAGCUUCUUAGCCAGUUCUAAAAGAAUAAUCUGCACAUUUUAAUUCAGAUAUCUGCAGGAUGCCUUCAAUGUUCCAUUGGUAAUCCAGCUUACAGAUGAUGAAAAGUUUUUCCUGAAGGACUUGGAAUGUGAGGAAGCUCAUAGACUGGCUUAUGAAAAUGCCAAAGAUAUAAUAGCUUGUGGCUUUGAUGUCAAGAAGACGUUUAUCUUCUCUGAUAUCGAUUACAUAGGGUAAGUAUGAUGACCAUGGUCUUGGAUUGUGAUGAAAUGAUGAUGAGGGUAAAUGCUAAUUUAAAUACUAAUUUAUUGGUCGCAGUAGUAACGGCUGUUGUUAAGAGGUGGGGGCAGGGGAUUUCCCUUGGCCACUAUGAACAUGGUCCCUGGCUACUUUCAUAGUAAAAUAGAAGAAAAAUAGAACCAAAAGUAACCCAUAACUGUGUCAUUUCCCGCCGACUUGUUGUAUUUACCCGGAAACUUGAAAUCUUAAUAUGAAUAGAUUAACAUAAUAAUAAGCAAUUUUUGCUAAAACUACAUGACAGUGUAUUCUUUUUUCUUUCUAACUUUCAGGAGCAGCUCAGAAUUUUACAAGAAUAUCAUCAAGAUUCAGAGAUGUGUGACUUAUAACCAAGUUAAGGCCAUCUUUGGAUUUGAUGACAGUUCAUGUAUAGGCAAAAUAGCUUUUCCUGCCAUUCAAGCUGCACCAUCAUUCAGCCACUCCUUUCCCCAUACAUUUGGAAGCAGAAAGGAUGUCCCAUGUCUUAUUCCAUGUGCCAUAGAUCAGGUACACUGUAAAAAGUGGUAAUAAUGUGUACAUAAAUAUAUUGGGUAUUGAUCAGGGCCUAGCUAGGACUUCUAUAGGAGGAGAUGGGGGGUCACAUUGUUUCAAACCAUAGUUAGUAGAGGGGACCCCCAUCAUGCAGAUGUUACAGUUCAAAAUUAAAUUCAGGUUAAAAUCUGUUAUCCUGUUAAUAAUUUAAAGGAAUCUUUUCUUACUUUUUCAGGAUCCAUACUUCAGAAUGACUCGUGAUGUUGCUCCACGGCUGGGUUGCCCAAAACCGUCUCUGAUAUUUUCCACAUUCUUUCCAGCCCUUCAAGGUGCUAAAACAAAAAUGAGUUCCAGUGAUCCAACUUCUUCUAUAUUCCUUACUGACACACCUGCUCAAAUUAAGAAGAAGGUAGAUAUUUUCAUUAAUUUGUUCUUUUAAGCACCUGAUUCCAGGGGGUACUUCAAAAAGUUUCAUACAGGGAGGAGGUGCAACCCCAAAUAAAUACAAAUACCCCAAAUACCCCUUUGCCAAAUAGUUCCUGUGGGAAAAUUUGAUGUAAAUUUGCGAAAAGCGCCUGAGUACCGAACUAUUACCCUAAUUCAAAACCAAGUGUGGUUUAGCACAAAACUUCAUGUAGACAAAGAAUGAGGAAAUUCUUAGUGUUUGAUGUGAUGAAAUAGGGAAAAUGUCAUCUGAAAAAACAAAUUUUGCUUUGGGUUUGGUUACCAUGGCAACUUGCUGUAGCUUACAAAAACAGUUCUUUGGUAUCCAAGAGUGCUUACCACUUUGGCUAUUUGUGUUCUUUUUGCCUUUCUGAAUUUUUGUUUUGGCUCUAUCACAGUUAAGUUGAGACACUAUGGUCUCUGUUAAGAUCAAGCACACAUGUGUAAAUAGACAACAAAUAUCCUAAGAGGGGGGUAUUUGCAUCUGUCAUAUCUCAGUAGUUAGCAUGGGGACACUCCAUUUUUUAUUUUCAUUUCUGAAUGUAUUGAAUUUCACAUAGGGAAUGUUUGACAAAAAUUUCAGUGUAACUUCAAUUUCAGAGAAAUAACCUUAAGCACAGACAGAUUCAGGCUGGGUUAAGCUUGCAAAUAAAAAGAAUCUCUCGAUGACUAUUGAUGAGACAGUCAAAUAAUUAAGUGAACCUUUUGCAAGCAUAUGGAACUGCUCAAAUCACGCAUGUAUUGGGGCAAUGCAUGUGAUUGUUUGACACUGAAGGUAUAAUAAGUUCUUAUUCAUUGCCACAGGUAAAUAAGUAUGCUUUUUCUGGAGGCCGAGAUACAGUUGAAGAUCACAGAAAGUAUGGUGGAGAUAUCACUGUGGAUAUCGCUUAUCAGUAUCUCACUUUCUUCCUGGAAGAUGACGAAAAACUUGCUCAGAUAAAAGAGGUACUUAAUUUUCUUUUAAUGUGACUACAAUAGUGCUUCUCUUUACCAUAAUAUUUAUCUCUAUAAUAGGCAUUCUCCAUAUUAUCCACUAAAGUUAUCCAUCUGUAUUAAGAUGGACACCUUUGGGACUGGCAAGAAGUAUCCAUCUUUAAUAGAGAGAUGUCCAUGCAUCCCCAGAAUGAUAGUCAAAAAAGAAGCAAAGAGAGACAGGGACCAACUCUAGGUGUUUUUCUUAGUCAACAGCCUUGGAAGUGGGGAAUAAAGGAGAGGCUCCUCUGCUAUUUCCCCCUCCCUACACCUAGCGAGCCUUUUUCUCUUUUCCCCCACCAAGGAACCUGGUGUUGUGAAGUAUUACUGUCUCUAAUUCAAAAUAAUUAUGUUUUCCAGGAUUAUUCAAGUGGCAAAAUGCUUUCAGGAGAAAUAAAAAAGGAACUGAUUUCUGUGCUACAGCCAUUAGUCGCAGAGCAUCAAGAAAGAAGAAAACAUGUCACGGAAGAAGUUGUUAGAGAAUUUAUGACUCCAAGAAAACUGGAAUUCCCUGGUCUUAACAAAUGAAUGCAAAUGAGAUGCAGAUUCAAUCAAUUUGCAAUAUAAACUUAAAAAUAUCAUUUGGAUAGCUGCUGUUUCAUAUUAAAGUGGGUAAUCAAACUCAGAUUUAUUAAAACAUUUGAAGAAUAUUAACAUUAUUGGAGUGUGAUGUGCAACACUCUGCUCCUUCCAUUAUUGGUGCUAAUAUUAUUAUUAUUGGACCUCUUCUUUUUAUUGGUCCAUAAUCUGUACCUUCCUCAGGUACUUAAUAACGAGCUUAAGCCAUGAGGAUAGCAACGGUAUGGACAACAUUACCUAAAAAGUGAAUUUGUGCUGUUUCAAACUUUAUUGCUCUUUUAAUAUUCCAACCCUUUUAAUUUGGUCAAAUAAUGACGAUUUGUUCAGGAGUUGAAUUCUAAAGGACUGUAUCUAAGUUUAGGAAAUGAAAAACAAAAUCAUUGCCUUUUGUUCGUGUCCUCCAACGUGAAGUUAGGAAGUUUCACGUUGUACAAUGAUGACAAAGCACUGUACAAAAAAGCAUGAUGCACCUGCUUUUUUGCCGUUCUUGUUGCCGUCGCCAUUGUUGUUGCUUAAGCUCUAUAAUACCAGUGUGUUACCAGCCAAGAAUUAGGUGCAUUUUUUGAUCCUUUAUCUAGACAGUGUUUUGUGAACUGCAAACAGUGAUCACUGUUCAAGUUUAUGGCCAGUACAUGUGCAGUUGUCUGAAGAGUGAUCAAAGAAUGUGAAGAUGUUCAUCUUAAUAAAAACUUCGAGAAAAUUCCUGUAUGAUUUGUUUUUGCAACCAGAAAAUUAGACUCCUGGUAUUAAAAGCUAAGUUUUUACAAGCAACGACCUGAUUGACAUUAGACUUUUGAGGCUCUUUUGCAGAGAACAGGCCUGACAUUGUUUAGUUGUCUCCAAAGUGAAGCACUAAAUCAAAAUGAUUACCAUUUGUUCUCUGUAGAUUAAACCUCACAUCCCAAGACAAUGUAGGAAAUAUUAAACUAUUUUUUCUUAACCACUGUGUUAAUUUCCUGUUGUGUUGCAACCAGUAUCUUUAUUUCCUCUCACAAAAGUGAAUGAUAAACCUGUUAAGUAAUACAUCCUUCAAGAAAAAUAUUAAUAUCAAAAUAGUAC